AUGAUCACGGAUGGCGAGGAAACGAAGCAGGAGGAUGCUGAUGAAGAGGUUGCUAGCCUCGUUGCAGCUUACCUCGUCAUGGGAUGUGUCUCAGUCCGAUACCGCACAAACGGCGAGGUUGAGCUCGAGUGGGAGGGCAAUAUGCUCAACGACGGCAUUGCCGACUCCGUCAUGGCUGUUCUCUUCUCCGUGGAGAGUUCUCCUGCUGCUGUGAAGCGCUCCUCCGCUAAGCACUCGCACUCGCACGAGCUGCCUGAUGUGAACCCUCACCACUCUGCUUCCCCAGAGGAGCGCCUUGAGCGUCUUCUCUGGUUUCUCGAAGCUCAGUUCGGUCAAGACAACGUUGCUCCAGUCACGACUCCCAAACUGCCAGAUAUAGAGGACGCCGAAGAUAAGAUCAAGAAGGAUGAGGCCGAUGAUGCCAUGAAGACAGAGGAGGAUGGUGAGGAUACACAACUCCAGGAGAGACAACAGAAGGAGAUUGACAGACUGCACAAGAUCGGUAUUCCUGUGCCAGGAGUGUCCAUUAAGGUGGACAGGAUGAAUGCUACGGUUUGGUUGGAAGACCUCGAGGUUGAGUCUAACAACAAGGUUUUUGCAGACAGAGUGAGAGCGGUGGUGGAGAGAGCUGUCGAGGUGACAGCACCUCUUUGGGGAUGA